AAUCUGGUUUGAAGAAAAAGAGAAGACCCUGUAACUUUUUCAUUGGGAAGAAAGAAACCCUGUUCAAGUUUUCCGGCAUAUACACACAAGACGGUUCUACACCCACACCAUCAAUUUCUAGUUUUGAUCUCUCGACGACCUAACAGAAGAGGAACCGCACUUCAAGUUCCACUAAUAGUCUCCAUUCUCAUUAUAGUCUCUAGCCAUGUAUCGACAUAUCGUCUUUCGCAGGAGAAUGUUAGAGCUAUCAUCACGGAGGUCAGUUAGAAGGAUCCCUAAUGGGAUUAUAAAUCAGGAACCCAUGCUUCUUUUCUUUCAAAAGCAAUAUUCAGUUGGACCUGAGAGAAAUUCACCUCAAGGUUCUACUUCAGCUGGUAAUCCACCAAAUUCAGGAAGUUAUUUUCCAAAGCUAGUUGUCGCUGGUGCUGCACUAAGUGCUGUUGUCUUUGGUGUUUAUCAACUAAACCAAAAACCUAUUGAAGAUGGUAACAAUUUCCCAGAGUCUGCUAAAAUACGUGAAGCGAAAAGCAUUAAACACCAGAGCACUACUCCCAGUAUUCACGAAUCAACUUUAUCCAGUCUUAAGGUUGAUGGUCUGGAGAAGAACAUAGAACCUCAUUCACUACUUGUUGAGCUAGAUAACAUCAAUGAAAAUGGAGGAGAAUCUCAGGAAUCGACUAUAUCCAGUAUACAAGAUUCAACUAUAUCCAGUCUUAAGGUUGAUGGUCCAGAGAACUUAGAACCUCAUUCACUACUUGUUGAGCUAGAUAACAUCAAUGAAAAUGGAGGAGAAUCUCAGGAAUCGACUAUAUCCAAUCUUAAGGUUGAUGGUGCAGAGAAGAACUUAGAACCCCAUUCACUAGUUGCUGACCAAGAUAACAUCAAUGAAACUGGAGGAGAAUCUCAGGAAUCGACUAUAUCCAGUAUUCAAGAUUCAACUACAUCCAGUCUUAAGGUUGAUGGUGCAGAGAAGAACUUAGAACCUUAUUCACUACUUGAUGAGCCAGAUAAUAUAAAUGAAAAUGGAGGAAAAUCUACAUUUCAGGUAAAUGUUAAGGAUCAAAUGGAACCUGAAGAAAGCUCAGAAAGAGCAAAAGAUGGGGAGUUGCCAAGUAAUUCUCAAGACAAUUUAAUAUCUCAAAAUGCAGUUAGUCUUUCAGACACAGCAUCUGAUGAAAGCCUUAACAUGAAAGGUCAAGAGGGUAAAAAUAUAUUGGAGAAGAAUGAGACAUCUGAUACAACACUGAUUCUAUCACAUGAUAGUGCAAUUCAGGAAGAAAAAGUGGUGAAGUCAAUCCCAACUGAAGAACAGGCUGCUAAAGACUCGCCAAUGGAUGUUGGUUCUCUCGGUGAGGACAAACCAAGUGUUCUUCUCGAUGCAUAUCACCUGCGAGAUGGGGAUGAAGUACCUAUCUCAACGCAAUUAAACACAUAUAAGGAUUUGCUUGGUGGAAAUGAAGAUUCUGGUGAUAUCUAUGUGUCGAAGGAUGGAAAACUUGUUCUUGACUUCCUAGAAGCCAUUCAUGCAGCUGAGAAAAGACAAGAAGAGUUGGAUACUCAUAUUUUUGCCGAGCAAAAGAGAAAAAUGAAGGAUAAGUAUGAGAAGGAGCUUAAGGAUACAAGGGCCAGGGAACUUAUGUACGCUGAAGAGGCAGCCAUACUAGAUAAGGAGUUGCGGAAAGAAAGAUUGAAAACUGCUUCUGCUCUCAAGUCACUUGAAGAAGAAUUAAACGAUAAACUUAAGAUGAAGCUUGAGCAGAAGGAAGCUGAAGCUGAAUCCAAUCUGAAGAGAGUCCAGGAGCUAGCAAAGGCAGAAUUGGCAGCUGCACUUGCUAGCGAGAAAUCAUCCCAGCUAGAAAAAAUGGAAGAAGCAAAUCUCAAUAUAAAUGCUUUAUGCAUGGCAUUCUAUGCACGAUCUGAAGAGGCACGCCAAAGUCAUUCCCUUCACAAGCUUGCAUUGGGAGCACUUGCUUUGGAAGAUGCGUUGUCUAAAGGCUUACCUAUUCUGAACGAAAUAGAAGCACUGCACACAUAUCUUAAGGAUAUGAAUAAAGAACCACUUUUAGAUUUGGUUCUCUCAUCGUUGCCUUCAGAAACUCAGAAUUGUGGAACAGACACGCUUUUGCAACUAAGACAUAAGUUUGAGACCUUAAAAGGAACACUGCGGCACUACAGCCUCAUCCCACCUGCUGGCGGUGGCAUAAUCACACAUUCAUUGGCACAUAUUGCAUCCUCCUUAAAGGUUAAGGAAGUUGGCGAUGGGAUUGAAUCAGUUAUAAAUAAAGUGGAGAGAUUCCUAGAAGAGGGAAAACUACCCGAAGCAGCUGAUGCUCUUGAAAACGGCGUUGAAGGUAUACAAGUCGAAGAUAUCAAGGAUUGGGUUAAACGUGCUAGAAACAGGGCUAUUACAGAACAAGCUUUGACUCUGCUUCAAGCAUAUGCUGCUUCCAUUAGCCUUACAUAAAACCAUUAUAAAAAGGUUUUAUACAACAUAUCAUUUUUUCCAAGCUGGUCUUGCUAGAAUGCUAGAUUAUAACUACCUGAUUUCAAGGGUAUGUACAAUAAAAAUGUCAUUUGUUUGACCUUUUGUUCUGCUUAUAAAAUUGAAUGUUUCCUAUGAAACAAUAAUGAACGUUGUGGUUUGACAAUUUUGAUGUUGAAUCAAACUGUUUGGUAUGGGUUCUCUAGGGAAAGGGAUGCUAUUUAUGAAAUUAAUAAUAUUAUUUAUACUUUAUCUUA